CGCGCUCCGUUUUUGUCACAACAGCUGAAGGCACCAUGGCUCCAUUGCGCCGCUUCUGCUCACGUUUUUACCCAACCAACGCGCCUCUCACACACGCAACAGGCUCUAGAGGUGAUUAAUUACCAAACUCCGUCUUCCAAGUUGAGUGUUUCGACCACGAGUGUCUGCGAUUGCACCGCGUAACGCGGUCGAUACGCACAAAGGCGGAGAUUAUGGAGUAAACGCGCGUCGCGCGGCCGCUAGACUCUCCAUAAUAAUCAGAAAUACACCGCUAUGGCACUCUCGGUGAUCCAGACGUGUCGUAGUCUGGCCCUGUCCACCUGGCUGCUGUCCUUCUGCUUCGUCCAUCUGCUGUGUUUGGACUUCACGGUGGCGGAGAAGGAGGAGUGGUACACGGCGUUCGUCAACAUCACGUACGUGGAUCCGGACACGGCCGAGGUGCGCACCGAGAAGACGGAGUGCGGGCGUUACGGGGAGCAGUCGCUCAAGCGCGAGGCCAGAGGCGUGCUGGCGAUGCCCGCCGCGCCGCAGCACAGAAACGCGUGCGAUCCCAACAGCAGAUUCACACCGCGCGGACACGGCGCGUGGAUCGCGCUCAUCAGCCGCGGAAACUGCACGUACAAAGAAAAAAUCCGAAACGCCGUGGGAAAAAACGCGUCCGCUGUGGUCAUAUUCAACGUGGGAUCCUCGAACCCCAAUGACACCGUCACCAUGCCUGAUACAGGCUCCGGUGACGUGGUGUCCAUCAUGAUCCCUGAACCGAAGGGUCGUGAGCUGGUUCUUCUGAUGGAGAGGAACAUCACUGUUUUCAUGCACAUCACCAUCGGGACACGCAACCUCCAGAAAUACGUCAGCCGCACCUCCGUGGUCUUUGUCUCCAUCUCCUUCAUCAUCCUCAUGAUCAUCUCGCUGGCCUGGCUCGUCUUUUACUACAUCCAGCGCUUCAGAUACGCCAACGCUAGAGACCGCAACCAGAGGAGGCUGGGAGACGCCGCCAAAAAAGCCAUCAGCCAGUUACAAGUGCGGAGCAUCAGGAAAGGCGAUCAGGAAACGGAGAGUGAUUUCGAUAACUGUGCCGUGUGUAUCGAGGGCUAUAAACCAAAUGAUGUGGUGAGAAUCUUACCUUGCAGGCAUCUGUUUCAUAAGAGCUGUGUCGACCCAUGGCUGGUGGACCAUCGCACCUGUCCCAUGUGUAAAAUGAACAUCCUCAAAGCUCUCGGCCUCACGUCAAGUGCAGAGUGUCUGAAUGAACUUCCUCUGGACUACGAGCUCGCCGUGGGGGGCGUGGCUCUCAACGCCAUGGUGAUGAGCGAUGAUGUCAUGGUUGGUGAUGUCGUCGGGGGGCGUGACCCUGGUGUGAGGAUGGUGGGUCUCCCUCAGGUCCUCCUGGACUCUGAGCCGCUGUCCCAGGACACCUUGCCAACCGAACAGAGUGAGUUACAGCUAAUAGCCAGCAGCAGUUCAGAAGUGUCGCUUGUGAUGGGGGCGGGGCAUUUGGACAUUGACACGCCCAUUGAUGACCCAAAGUGCUGAUCUGGUCACGCCCACUCGUGCUGAAAAGUUUGAGUGACCACAGCGACGGGUUUAGAGUGUAACAAACACUGCCUGCCAAGUACAUACUACAAUCCACAUCCAAUGUUACAUUCAUUUCAUCUUCCUUCCUUUCUCUCUGAAAAGCAGGGUAAAGUCUGUUCUCUCUCGCCCGCAGUGCACACUACAGUAUGCACUUGAGCUAAAGCACUUGUUCGGUAUCAGCAGACGAUCGGUUCUGCUCGGCUCGACAAUCUUCUCUUUCUUACCGUUUCACCAUUUGUCUGUGAUCCCAGCGGGAAGAACGUGUCAAAGACUAUUUUGAAUCUGAUCAGAAGUGGUUUAUUUUUCUAUAGAGAAGCAUUUGAUGUGCUCAAGUUCUGCAGUAUUAAAAAAAAAACAAACAAGAGAGAGAGCGAGAGAAUCUCGGUAUUUAAAGUUUCGGGACUUGACCCUCGCCGAAGAUGCGUGUGACGGACGUCGUACGGGACAAAACUGAGGGACUUUCUGGGAAGUGCUCUUUGGGUUCUGUGGAGCAGGACGUGUGAUGUCUGCUGUGCAUGCCACAUGCCCUCUCCACGACAUUUAAAGGGAUAGUUUCUCAAAAAUGAACGUUUACUGAUGGUGUCUUAACCCUCAGUACAUCCGAGAUUUGAGAAGAACACAUUUGGAGAAAUGUAGCAUAGCAUCAGUGUCUCAGCAAUGGAUUUGAAUGGGUGCCGUCAGAAUGAGAAUCCAAACAGCUGAUAAAAAUAUCACAGUAAUCCACAGCUGUCCAGUCCAUCAGUUAACAUCUGGAGCUGAAACAAAUCAAUCAAGACAUUUUGGGAGAGACAACCUGAGAUGGAUUUUUUUCAGUGUUAUUAUGGAUUAUGGACUUUUUUUCUUUUUAGUGGCAAGCAGAGGUCUGAAGUUAAAAACAUCUUUAAUUAUGGAUUUGUUUCUUACAAACAUGCAGCUUUUGUCUUCUCCAGAUGUUAACUGAUGGACUGGAGUGUUGUGGAUUAUUGUGAUGUUUUUAUCAGCUGUUUGGACUCUCAUUCUGACGGCACCCAUUCACUGCAGAGCAUCCAUUGAUGAGACACUGAUGCAAUGCUACAUUUCUCCAAAUGUGAUGAAGAAACAAACUCAUUCUAAUCUUGGAUGAUCUGAGGGUGAGUGAAUUCUCAGCAAAUGUUUGUCUUUGGGUGAACUGUUUCUUUAAAGGCAUAGUUCACCUCAUAAGUAUUCGUUCCGUUACUGUUUAUGCACCCUCGGGUCGUUCCAAAUCUCUAUUAUUAUUUCUUCUUUUAUGUACAACUCCAGAAUCACUUGUGAAGUAUAUUCAAACGGUUUCAGAUGUUCUUUGUCAAAUCAAACUCCUGGAGUGACGUGAGAGUGAGUAAAUUAUUAUUUUCAGGUGCACUGUUCCUUUAAAUUUGUAACUCGCUCUUAUAUUGUAAAUAGAGAAUAAUUUGUUCCAGUUUUCUCCUUUAUUGCUAAGUUUUUCCAUCAUGCACUUUAUGUAUUUAAAGGUUGGAUUUCGUUUUGAGAUUCGAAGUUCGGUCACAAGUUUGUGUAUUCACACACACACACACACACACACACACAAACACAGUCUAAGUAGAGGUUUGUUUCAUUUCAUGCUCAGUAUUUUGCACGUGUUUCAGUCAGACUGUGAUUUGAAUAUUAAUAAAUGUUAAUGUAUUUUUUGGGGGGGCUAAACGUCGUGCUUCUCAUUUA